GGAGGAGGAGGAGGAGGGAUGAGGCGCACGGCGGAGGGGAAAUGGCUGCCGAAAACAAGCCGGAAGGACUGAAGAAGUUAAGAAAUCCAGAGCGAAUGGUCAGGAUUGCUGUUGGAUACACUGGACACACCCCUCCCAAGAGUGACGACACUGAUGCCAACAAUGAGCCAGGCCAGUUAAAGAUCUACCUACCUAAGAAGCUGCUGGAAUGUCUACCCAAAUGUUCCUCUCUGCCCAAGGAGCGCCAUCGCUGGAACACCAACGAGGAGAUUGCUGCAUAUCUCAUCACAUUUGAAAAACAUGAUGAGUGGCUGACAACAUCGCCAAAAACCAGGCCUCAGAAUGGCUCUAUGAUCCUCUACAACCGUAAAAAGGUGAAGUACAGGAAAGAUGGCUACUGCUGGAAGAAGAGGAAAGACGGGAAAACUACCCGAGAGGAUCAUAUGAAGCUAAAAGUCCAGGGAGUAGAGUGUCUGUAUGGCUGCUACGUCCACUCCUCCAUCAUCCCCACCUUCCAUCGUAGAUGCUAUUGGCUGCUGCAGAACCCAGACAUUGUGUUGGUGCACUACCUGAAUGUACCGGCAGUGGACGACAGCGGGAAGCCAUGCGGUCCUGUCCUCUGCUCCAUCAACACAGACAGGAAGGAGUGGGCCAAGUGGAGCAAGGAGGAGCUCAUUGGUCAGCUGAAACCCAUGUGUGCUGGAAGCAGCCUGCAUCAAAAAUGUUCCAGCGUCAAGCAGCGUAUCAUCUCAUCCAAGCAGGAGUCAGGAGGCGCAGCAGGAGGUGGAACGGCUAUAGGGACGGGCGUAACAGCGGGCCAGAGAGCUGAGGAAGCAGAUGGCACAGAGGUCCAGAACAGUGAUGUAUCGGAGGGCCAGACCGAACCCAAUCCUGGUGGGGGGAGGAGCAGAGUUGGCGGAGGAGAGAGGAGGAACGGCAGGAUAACCAAACCUUCCUUACUCCCACAGAGCAGCAUGGAAGUGUCGUCUUCUACCUCCACCAACCAGGUGGAGGUGCCUGACACCACCCAGAGCUCCCCGCUGUCAAUCGCGAGUGACAUGGCUGACAGUCCUGCCCUCGCCAUUGGAGCUGGUUUAUCACAGAGCACUGCAGUGUUUAUGUCUGAAGUUACCACACUGACUGGGGAUUCGGUAUACUCCGCUGGCCACACCCACCUGCUGGCGUCCACCCAUGAGAGUACCACAACUGGUAUUCUGCUAGCUGUUGCCCCUGACAACCAGAGGUUUGCGUCAUUUCCUGGAGGGGUAGGCUUAGGGGAGGGAGGAGAGUUGGUUCUUUCCAGUUCUCUGGACUCUGGUGUUGGUGUCAGCCUUCCUGAGACUGCCAUGACCUUUGACCCUGAUUGCUUCCUCAACAAUCCCAAGCAGGGCCAGACAUAUGGAGGUGGUGGGAAGACAGAGGGUUGUAACGGUGAUGAUGGAGGACUCCAUUGCCCCUCUAACGGCUUUGUUUACAACCCAAGUCUGGUCAACAACAUCAAGACAGAAGCUACACCUCUGGAGCAGCCGCUGUCCACCCAGAGCAGCUACGUGGGCGAAGGAACUGGCCUCAGCCCCAGCACCACCCUGGAACAGAUGGACUUUAGUGCUGUCAUGUCAUCAACCUGUGUCACAAGUCUGACCCAGCCUGCACACCAUUCUUCCCCGAGCAUCUUCCUCCAGGCUUCCCCCCAGACAAGCCAGUCCUCUCAGCUGCAGACCAAUGGCACAAAAGCAACCCAGGAAUCUGGUGAGGCACAGGGUUACAUGAGCAUGCCCCCAGUGGCAGCUGACUCUCCUGUCACCAAUGGAGAUGUCCAUGCACACCUCCACCAAGCCAGCACUGAUCAGCAGGCUCUGUGUGCAAGGAAUGGACAGGCAGCAGCAGUGGGCUCAUUUCCCCUGGCAACACAGGACGCGUCCAUCGAGCAGCCGUGCAGUAGGGGACAUCAAGAGGUGGGAGCGUUAGACACACCCACUGAGAACAGAGAAGAGUUACUCCUCAAGGCUGGAGAUCCUCAUGAGGCCUACGUGAGUGUUGACACCAAGCAUUACCUCCAACCAACAGAUGACACUGGAGGUGGAGAUGAGGGUGGAGGAGGUGGUGGAGGAGCCAGAGCAGAAAAUGAAAUUAUAUGUAACGGUGUGAGCUUGUCAGGCGCCAGCAGUUCAGUGGGGGUCAGUUCUCAGCCAAUAACCACACGUGCAAACAUUGAGGGGGCGCUCUACAGCUCCCCACUCCCUCAGCAAAAUGGAGUGGUGGCUGCCACAUCAGCUGGGACGGGAGCAGCUAUCAGUCUGGAAGGAUUUGAGGCGUCAUUUGGAAGCCAGUUCUCCGAUCUCAUCAAUGAUUUCAUCUCAGUGGAAGGGUCUGGGGGUGGGGUGGGGGCAGCAGUCUCUGGGGUUUUGAUGCCCCAGGAGGGGGCAGCAGGAGAGGAGCAGGGUUCUGGUGCCGGCCACUUGCAGGGCUCGGAGGUGGAGCACGGAGCACUGGGACUGCUCCAGGAGACUGGCAGACUGUUUGGUGUGACAGACUACUCCCCCGAGUGGUCCUAUCCAGAGGGUGGAGUGAAGGUGCUGAUCACAGGUCCGUGGUUGGAGUCAAGUAGUGAAUACAGCUGUCUGUUCGACCACAUAAGUGUGCCCGCUGCUCUAAUCCAGCCCGGCGUGCUGCGCUGCUACUGCCCAGCCCAUGACACAGGACUAGUGAUGCUACAGGUGGCCAUGGGCGGUGAGGUCAUCUCUUCUUCUGUGGUGUUUGAGUAUAAAGCACGCGACCUUCCAGCUCUGCCGUCUUCUCAGCAUGACUGGUUGUCUCUGGAUGACACCCAGUUCAGGAUGUCUAUCUUGGAGCGUUUGGAGCAGAUGGAGCAGAGGAUGGCUGAAAUAACCAAUCAGAACCCUGGCUCAGAAGCCAUGGCAACCAAGGGUGGAGGAGUUGAAGGGGGAGAAACCACUGAGCAGCGGUCUCAACUCUCCCCUGACCAUGGCACAUUUGAGGGUCGUGUUGUGGUUGUCUGUGAGAAGAUGAUGUCUCAGCCAUGUUGGGCUUCUUCUAAUCAGCUCGUCCACAGCAAGAACUCCAGAGGAAUGACUUUACUGCAUCUGGCUGCAGCUCAGGGUUACGCAGGACUCAUUCAGACACUCAUUCGCUGGCGCACAAAGCAUGCUGACAGUAUUGACCUUGAGCUGGAAGUGGAUCCUUUGAAUGUUGACCACUUCUCCUGCACGCCACUUAUGUGGGCUUGUGCUCUGGGUCAUACCGACGCAGCGCUGAUUCUUUAUCAGUGGGACCCAAGAGCACUUGCCAUUCCUGAUUCCUUGGGGCGUCUGCCGCUGAACAUUGCCCGAUCCCGCGGCCACACUCGAUUGGCUGAGCUCCUGGAGCAGCUGCAGCAAAGUCCUCAAACUCAGGGCCAGUCUGCAGACAGUUGGAUGGAUAGAUGGAGAGGAGGCUCACACAUGGGUGGAAUAAGCAACAACCCUACCACUAACUCAAACUCAGAGCUGAGGAGAAACAGAGCAGAGAGCCAAAAGGACAACCAGAACCAGAGCUGGAGCCAAACUGGACAAAGACCCCCACCAGCAACCCAGGGGGAACAGGGAGGACCUCCUCCAGCCAAGAGACUCAAAUCUAGCCCAGCGAGCCAACAACAGCUAGCUAACUCGAACCCUGGAACCAACCCUGUCAACUCCCACCUCAAUCCUCAUCGUUCCCUCCUCAAAUCUUCACAAACUCAACCCUCAAACUUUAGCUGUCCAAAUGCACCUCUUUCCAGCUCCAGCUCCAACCGACCUCAGCCCCCCAGUGCCCCAUUCUCCCACCUGCAGGCCAGGAUAGGGGAGUCUGAAGGGGGCAACAGGUGGACCCUGAGACAGACUCUUGGGCAACUCAGUUUGGCUAGAAGGAUUCAAGGGAAAGAACGAUUGGCCAUUCACCUGCGCCAAAGAGUGCUGUCUGACAGGGGGGAGGAGACGGAGCUGCUCACCUAUCAGGACAACACAGAGGACCUACAGGUGGACAUUACGAUGCUCGCUGAUCACUUCAUGGAUGCUUCAAGUGAUCGGUUUAAACAGGCUGUGGACACCGAGUCAGAUGUUGGGAAGGUUGGGAUAAGCAGUGAUGUAAAGUCGCUGUCGGGUUACCUUGAUGAGGUAGAGAGGUUUCUAAAGUCCAAACCCCAGACUCCUAGCCCCGUACCAAAUUCACUCUCAGGGCUGGAAGAUCAGCAAUGUCCUCGUGCUGACCAAGCCCCACCCUCCCCCUUUGAUUGGAGCUCCUUCCUUUGUGCAUCAAUGAAACAGGAGAGGUUGAAAACAAACGCCUCCUGCCUAGCCAUAACUGAGGCCGAGCAGCAGGAGCUGUAUGAAACCAUCAAACACGCUCUGCGCUUGCUCAGAAAACACAAAGGUCCCAUUCAGGAACAACACAAAGAGAUUGCAGCAGUGGUUCAACGCUGCUACAAGAGAUACAAGCAGUAUGCACUUUAUAAAAGGAUGACCUUAGCUGCCAUCCUGAUCCAGAGUCGUUUCCGGAGUUUCCACGAACAGAGGAAGUUCCAGCAAAGUCGCAGAGCAGCGGUCCUCAUCCAGCAAUACUAUCGCUCCUACAGGCACUCCCUAAGCAGCCUCCUAACUAAAAAACAAAACCAGGCUGCUCGCAAGAUCUUGAGGUUUCUGCUCCGCUGCCGCCACAGGGCCAGAGAGCAGAGAAAGGCCAGGGGUCGUGAGAGCCCAUCAUCAGGCCCUGCACACAGCCCGCUCAGCCUGUGAGCAAUCUAUACCUUCCCAGCCCUCUACCCUUUUCCAUCCCCUCAACCCUCCCUUUCGUUUCCUUUUCCCAGUCCCUUCAAUUUUCCUCUUCGCCCCUCUCUCACCCGCCCUGCCCUCUUCCCUCAAGAGGAAAAAAAACUCUUUCCAAACAGACUGAGGACAGGAUAGGAGUCCAUCAUGGCAGCUCAGACAGACUGCUGGGCAGAGCCCAGGAGCCUGGCUCUGCCCACAGCACUGAUUCUCCUCCACAGUUUAACUGGGAGGCCAUCACAUUAACCUCAUGGCAUUCUUUGCACUCUUCAUGGGUAUGUUUCUUUGCAAGAGCAAGUUGAUGAGUCAGACAAGUAAAAAAAAAAAGACGAAGAAAAUGGAGGAAGUGCCUGAAGACGGCGUCCUGCUGUUUAAAACAGCAGCUGGGUGUGCUGAACAACUCCGAUGAGGAACAGCUGGCUCAAGAGAAAUGCUACUUUGACAUGCAGAAAAUAUACAAUACCUGGCGUGUUUUGUAUCCAAACAGAGAUCUGUGAAAGAAAAAGAAAACAUAAACCAAAAAACUCACUUCUAUGUUGCAUUUGCAUGCAAGGUUUUUUCCGCUUAUUCCUCCUCUCCAUUAUUCUGCAGAGCUAUAGAGGCCAAUCAGUCUGCUGAUCCAGUAUUUCACAAUGUCACCAAGCACUCCGAUCCACAGGCUUAAAAACCCAUUAGUCACCCAAUCAAAAAGGGGAGGAACUGCACUUGAAUGUAAGAGGAGGAUUGUUAGAUAAGGGGGAGUGGUCUGAAUAACGAUGUCUUAAUUUGCUACAUGGACUUUGUAUGAAAUCGUUCUUAGAGGCAGCACUUUGCUCGCCUGAUGUGGUGUGUCCGUGUUUGUUCAAUUCGAUGCAUGUGUUUGAGCUAUGAGCUCCUGCAUGCUUGCCAAACUGCUUUAGUGUUGUUUCUUUUUUGUAUUUCUAUGUGUAAUUGUGUCUCAUGUCUUCAUCAACCUAUCCUUGCCCUGUGUAAUGUGAACUGUGUAAGGACAAAUGACUUAUUUUGGGUGCUUUAUUUAAAUAUUUAUUUAUUUAUUUAAUUAAGGGUCUAAUUCUUUCUUUAACCGGCUCAAGAGUGGUUUAGCUUGAGACUGGUUUCCCCUUCCCCGUGUGAUAAAAUAUGACAUGUUCCAAGGGUUAAAUGUCUCUGUUAGUUUGUUCUGCGUGAACCUCCAAAUCCUAGGAGAGAGUCACAAACCAUUGCCUUGACUUCUUCUUGACUCUGAGAGGUCUCUAUGCUUGCUCUGUACAGGACGCGGGUCCUACAACUGCCCCUAUAAAGGGCACUGGUCCCCAUAUUAGCCCAUACGGGCGAUCAAAUCCAUAUUUUGGACUAUUGCAUAUUUCUGUAUAUAAAUUGACGAGGUAAGGGGCUACAAGGACCCUGAAACUUUUUCAUAAGAGGACUGUAUUUAAGAUUAUAAAUUAUUUUACUCCCAUAACGAGAACUUUAGACAGAGACCUGGGUACACAGGACGGCUGUAUUGCUUGUAAAUACUGUAGAUAUUACAAACAAAGUAAUGUGCAUGAGAUAUAAGACAAAGAAACAGCUAAAAGAACACGGUAGUGGCUUUGGACUGUGAGAGGAUUUUAACUGCUUCACUUUAAAAGUAUCCAGCAUUAAGUGUUACUGAAAAGAACGUUUUGUUAAAGCAUGCAAACGAAAACUCUAAUGUUAGACUUAUAAGUGGGAAAACAAACCAUGAUCUUUCAGACUAAACAUUUAAACUUUGUGCUUUUGUUUCAUGGCUAGCAAAAAUUAAAACCCUUUUUGCCAGUAGUGCCAAUAAAUAUGAAUGCUAUUUUUUUGCCUAACAACACGGUAUGUUAUGUUGGGGAAACUAACACCCAAAGGUUAUCAGUAAGAUCCACAGAGGUACAGAUGAUAAAACAAAACUAGCACUAGUUCAGGCAUAGACCUUCAAGUUCUGAAGUUUGUCCGAGGCAGACUUAUUUAUAGACAACGGUGGUAUCAAUGCACGUAUUUUGAAAAUAAUGGCACUACUAGUAACGAUGACUAUAGAGUUUAAGUGUGAAUGCGAUGACAGGUAUAAAAAAAGAGGGUGCUACAUCCUUUACAAUGUGGUUGUGUUUCAGCAACAUCCUCACUUUUAAUAGGACCAUCAGUCAGACGUACAACAGAUCCAGCCUGGCCUCCAGUCAAAGCUUUCCACCUUCUAACAGAAUGUCUCCUACUCACUAUUUAUUUUGUUGAUUUAAUUUUAUUUUUUGUGUGUGCGCGCGCGUUUGAUUCUUUGUUUUUCACGUCAUUGUCACUGCCAUAAGUAUAUGAUAUGUAUUUCAGACAUCUGGAAAGCUGUAUAGAAAGUGCCUGCUCAGCAACAGAAAACAAAUAUCAGGAAAUAUCUACUGUAUAUUCUCCAAGGCAUUCCCAGUUAUUUGUUUAUUUUCCUAAAUUACGUGUUCAAAAUUAACUCGACAGUGUUGAACUUGAGCUAAUUCUAUGUUUGAAAGCUCUUAAUUUGUCUGGUAUGAAUGGAUGCUCAUGGCCUAAUUGAUGCUAUGUGUUGCUUUAGUUGACAAAACAAAAAUGGCAGUAUCACUGUACGCACCACCUUUGUGUGUAUUUUGCAGUAUUCGAGGAAGAAAACCAUUGAAUUUUGCUUCUGUGUUUGAGAGGCACUGUCACGAGUCUAUUCACAGCAUCGCUGUUGGGAGGACAAUGAGUUUUGUCUCUCACUUUUUUUUAAUUAUCUCCCCCCCCAGCGAUUAAUUUUCCAACAUUAAAAUCACAGCAUAACUCAGCAGACUAAAACUCUUUGAUAAACCUUUUAUUUCUCUGUCUUUUUCACAGACCCACACAGAUGUGCUCGCACAUGUAAACCCACACAUACGGUGUCAAACACAACGAUCAUAGUCUCAAGUACUGGCCCACACUCUUUUGCUCGUGUUUUUGUGUUUGAAAACGCGAUACGUUAUCUUCCUUAGAUUUACUCAGGGUUGACGAACAGGGAGACGGCAUGUGGCGUGGGAUAAGCUGCUGGCACAUCUGGGGGCCGUGUACAUUUGGGUACACAGUGUGUAUGUAUGUGCAAAUAGUUAGAAAUCGUACUGGUCAUUCAUUAACCAUCUGCAGCUUUUCACGUGUUCAAGAUUGACAUAAAUUGUUAAAAAAAAAAAAACGUUUUAUUUAGCAAAGCAACAAAUCUGUUGCUGUAAAAACAGAUCCAGGAUAUAGGGAAAACUAAAUAUACCUCCAAAAAAAUUAUUUUAUAGUCAAAAACUGGUCUGAAUUAAAAAAAAAACUUAAAUAUAUUCAUACAAUUGUUUCUUUUUUCAAAUACACAAAAUCCUUAAAGAGAUGGUUUGGAUUUUUCAAAGAGGGGUUCUGUGGAGAAGGUCUGAACAGUUAGCAUGUUACCUUUUGUAGAUGGCUCUUUGAAAGACCACGGUUUGUGGUGAUUCUGGCAGAAAUGACGAGCUGACAGUAGGACCACUUCCAAUUUAAUACAUCUUUAUGUUGCCAGCUGUUUUACAUCACGUAGUUCCUUACAUUGAAUUACUUGAUUAUUUGGAAGCAAGCACAAAUAGCAGCAGCCUGGGGGCACUUUAGGCAGGAAUAUUAUAAUAUCUCUGCUGAAAUAACUGUAAAAUUAACUGGUAACAUUUGUAAAAUAAGAUUUUUAUAAAACCUGGAGAUUGGAGGGGUUUGUGAUGGCAGUUCACCAUAAUCUCGGCCCCAGCUCAGCUGUUUAAUGAGCAAUUUACAGGUACAAUUUUAAAUAAUGUCACAGAACCCCACUUCACGAGAUCGGACCUAUCACUUUAAUUUGAUUUUUUUUUUUAUUAUUAGUAUGAAAUACGUGGCAAACUCUUCAUCAUUCUGAAGGAGUGGAUAUUGUGUUUUUGGAUAUUAAUCAAACCAAGCGACUUUUAGUCAAGGAAAAAUCAUCCAGAACCACCAAAACUCUUACUGAAGCUGUUCUUCCUCAGACUCCAGCUGCUGUAAAGAUGACUUUUUUUCUGAAUAUCGUUAUAUAUUAUGUUCACAAACAGGCACGCAAACAUCUAAAUGUUCAUCCACGUAUACAACACACAAAGUACUAACUCACAGUGCAGACAAUUCAUCUACGAGUUCAUGUUUUGGAGAGGGUGGUGAAUGUGGAAACGAGUAUGUUUGUUCCGAUUUUAAAAAAAGUAAGAAUUGUUGCCAUAUAACAGGUGCGCAGAGAUUACCUCUGUUCUCAUAAGUCCGCUUAGAAAUGAAAUGUAGAACCUUUUGGGCCUUGUUUCAAGAGGGCGUGGCCAAACACCACAUUGCAUGCUAGAAUGGUAGACCCUUAUAGAUAAUCUAGACCUCUCCUUGCCUUCCUCCUCUUUCACCCUCGGUCUUCUCUCGCUCAUCUCUGCUGCCUCGCCACCCUGCCUGCUGUUGUGUUCUCCAUGCCGAUCUCAGCCGCUCAUUCCUCCUCUUUUCUUUUCUUUCUUUGUAGCCUAGUUUUGAACCUUUCUUUGUUUUACAAACAUGCAUGCACAAGCAUCACUAACUUGUUGAUGUUUUUAAAAAGAAUAUUUUGUUGCUGA